AUCAUGGCCAGCAAAAUGAAGAGCUACGGAUUUGUGCUUUGUAUCCUUUUACUAUUGGUGUCGCAAUAUCAGAGAGUAUCAGCGGAUAGCGAUAGUGACAGUGAUAGCAGCGACAGUGGAGAGAAGAAGUAUCAAUUUGGCGGCAAAAAGGGCAAACAUAAAUAUAACAAUUCGAUAUAUCCGUAUCCACCGAGUAAUCCGUAUCCAUACAAUCCGUAUGGUGGCAAUUUUAAUCCAUAUCCGUACAGUCCUUAUGCCAAUAAUCCAUAUCCAAACAAUUAUGGCUCUUAUCCCCAGUAUCCCCAGCCAUAUCCGUAUCCUUAUCCUUAUCCUCAGCCUCAACCUCAAGGAGGUGCGCCAGCUCCUUAUCCACCAUAUCAAAUGGGACCUCCAAUGCCUCCCUAUGUACCACCAUCUUCAGGCCAAGGUCAGCAGCCACCGAAUCAACAACAGCCACCGUAUCAACAACAGCAACCAAAUCAACAACAGCCUGGAGCUUCCAGCGUGAUUAAUCACUCGCUUAAAGUAAAUAAGGAAUACAAUGAGGAUGGUCAUCACACGACCUAAAUGAAACUGAAGCUACUAUACAAAAUGUUCAUUAUUUGUCCACAAAAGUUAAGUUAAUAUAGACAUUUGUGGCAUUUAAUUGCACUUCUUGGAAAAAAAAUACACAAAAUUCUUACAAAAUA